AUGUCCGCCAUCAUUAAGCAGGCCGGAAAGCUCCGCUCCGUCUCCAUUCCGGGGUACAACCACUUUGAGAAGCCGAUUCGCAAGCUCAUCUUCGACUACGACGCCGACUCGCCCGCACAGGGUGGUAUCCGCUUCAUGUUUGCCUUUGACCAAGCUGACGCCAGUGCCUACCUCGCGAAGCCCUUUGCCGAGCUCGCGGCGCAGAACCCCGAUGUCGAGAUCGUCGUCCGCAAGCUGCCGCGCGGCAAGGCGGCGGUGAUCCGAGGACACUACGUGAACGGGCGGGACAAGGUGAUCUGCGUGAACGGGCUGCAGGCGAACCAGAUCCAGAACAAGGUCGCCAUCCUCCUCGAGUCGUCUGGGGCCAAGAUCCGUAAUCUGAAGAACGAUACGCUCGAGGCCGGACCGGGCAACGAGAGCGCGCGUGGUGUCUGGUCUGCACUCCACGCCCAGAGCAAGGACGGAGGAUACACGAUAUAA